AUGAUUCCGCGCGAUGCCCUCCUCGUCGCCGCAUUCUUCUUCGCCGGCUUCCUCCUCCUCCUCCGAGCGUUGCUCUCGUUCAAGUCGCUUUUGUACUGGUUCUUCCGGUGCCGGAGGUGGGUCGACGAGCGCACGCAUGACUACCAGAAUUUUCGAAUCCCUCGCUUCGACGACCGGGGGCUGGAGAAUCCGCUCCACCGCCACGCCGCCGCCUACGUCGCCUCGCUGCCCUCCGUCGAACGCGCACCCGCUGCGGCUGUCUUCUCCGACGCCAACAAGGGCAACGAGUUUUCCUUUGUACCGGUAACGGGAUACGCGGUCGGUGACUCCUUCCGCGGCUUCCGCCUCUCCUGGACCGUCGACGACGCCGGCGGCCUCCUCCUCCGCCUCCGCCGCCAGGACCGCGCCAGCGUCUUCCGUCCCUACCUCGGCCACGUCGAGUCCGUCGCCGAGGAAAUCCACUUCCGCCGGCGCGAGGCCAUGAUCUUUACAAAUUUUGGUCCGAACUGGAAGUCGGCGUCGCUGUUCAACCAUCCGGCGACGCUUGAUGCGGUGGCCAUGGACGCGGAGCAGAAGGCCCGGGUGCGCGCCGACCUAGAAGCCUUCCUCAAGGGCCGGGACUACUACCACCGCCUCUGCCGCGUCUGGCGGCGGAGCUACCUGCUUCACGGCCCGUCGGGGACCGGUAAGUCUACCUUCGCGGCCGCCAUGGCCAAUUUCCUCGGCUACGACAUCUACGACCUCGACCUGGCGGCCGUAUCAAGCGCCGGCGAGCUGAAGGCGCUCCUCGCCGCCACGAGACCCCGGUCGAUGAUCCUCGUCGAGCAUGUCGAACGCCACAUCCAUGUGAAUAGCGGCGGAGAAGGAAUGUUAAGAUUCACAGACAGGAUCGGCGAGGAACGGGUGGUGGUGUACACUCUGACCGGCGAGGGAGUCGCGGCGGCGCUGGAGCCGGAGUUGACGGUCGACGUCCGCGUCCACUUCCCUUUGUGCGACUUCCCGGCGUUUAAGGCCCUAGCGAGCGGCUAUCUGGGUCUCGAAGACCACAAGAUGUAUCCGAAGGUGGAGGAGAUGUUCAAGGGCGGCGCGACGAUGAGCCCAGCAGAGGUCAGCGAGGUAAUGAUGGAGAACCGAGGAUCGCCGAACCGAGCGCUGAAGUCGUUGAUCGGCGCUCUGCAGCAGCAGCGCCCAUUGCCACCGUUGAAAUCCAUAGACUCCGACAGCAACGUCAACAGAGGGAACAGCGCCGGUGCAAUAAAGUUGGAGAAAGACACACCAACAGCAAUGAAGGAGCUGAAGAAACUGUAUAGCUUAGUGAAGACAAAGAGCAAGAAGAACGGGGUGAUGCCGGUGGAGGUGGCGGCUGCAGCCGCAGCGGCGGGGACGCCGUUGGAUGAACUGGGAAAGGAAUACUGCUACUGAAUUGGAAGCUUUGUACGUUUAGCAUAUUAGGAUGUCAUUAGUUGACUAAUUCCUUAUGUUAAUUUCAAUCUUGACUGAAGGUGAAAUCACCAAAUCAAUAUGUAGAUACUUAUUUGACAUCUGUGAGUUCAUCUCUGUCACGUAACAGGGCUGCCAAGUGAGCAACAGGAAGAAACGUAAGAUCAUCAAAUAUGCCAUGAAAAAUUAAGUAUAUACCAAUGCUGAAACGAAAAGGAUCAAAUAAUGACA